AUGUUCGCCGCAUCUGCGAAAGCGUCCACCGCUCUCGUCGCACCGUCGUCGUCCUCGUCCUCUCGCGCGUCGACGACGAUGAAAUCAUCAUCGUCUUUCCCGAAAAAAAACAGAUCCUCCUCCUUGGUUUCGUCGGCGUUACCCAUCGCGGACCUCGCGGACGGAUCUGCGGUGACCACGGCGGUUGUCGGCGUCGCGGCUAUUGGUGCCGCCGGUGCGGCGUUAGUGCUCACCGAUCCGUCGAAACGACGCGCGUCGAUGAUGGAGACGACCGGUGGUGACGAAGCCGCUUCUGUGCGCGAUUAUUUCGAUAAAGUUGGAUUCGAGAGAUGGCAGAAAAUUUACGGCGAAACCGACGAGGUGAACAAAGUACAAUUGGACAUCCGUCAAGGGCAUCAAAAGACGGUCGAUAAGAUUUUGGAUUGGUUGCCGGAGAAUAUGGACGGGAUGACGGUGUGUGAUGCCGGCGCUGGGACUGGGUCUUUGGCGAUUCCGUUGGCGCACAGAGGUGCCGGCGUGAGCGCUUCGGAUAUUUCGGCGAGUAUGAUUGGCGAGGCGGAGACGAGGUAUAAUCAAAGCAUCGCCGCGGGAGCGAAGGCGCCAGCUGUCGCGCCGAAAUUUGAAGCGUUGGGGUUGGAAGAGUGCACUGGGGAGUACGACGUGGUGAGUUGCAUCGACGUUAUGAUUCACUAUCCGGACGAUCGCGUGGCCGCGAUGGUGGGGCACUUGGCUUCUUUGAGUAAGAAGAAGUUGAUUGUUUCGUUCGCGCCGAAAACGUUGGCGUAUUCGAUUUUGAAGAGAAUUGGGGAAUUGUUUCCGGGGCCGAGUAAAGCGACCAGAGCGUACUUGCACGACGAAGGUGAAGUCGAAGAGGCGUUGGAGAAGGCUGGGUUUCGCGUGACGAGAAGACAAAUGACGGCGACGUCGUUUUACUUUUCUCGCAUCUUGGAGUGCGAAAGAGUGUAA